CCAUCUUCUCGCAGUUGAGUUGAGACGUCAAGAGAGAGAGAGGGGAAAAAGGAUUCCAUGGCGUCGGCGCUGGCGAGGAGGGCGAGGGGCUCCGCGGCGGCGGCAGCGGCGCUGUGGGGCGCGGCAAGGGGAUUCGCUUCGGUGGGGUCCGACAUCGUCUCAGCGGCGCCCGGCGUGUCGCUGCAGAAGGCGCGGUCCUGGGACGAGGGCGUCGCCACCAAGUUCUCCACCACGCCUCUCAAGGACAUCUUCUACGGGAAGAAGGUGGUCAUCUUCGGCUUGCCUGGUGCAUAUACUGGAGUUUGUUCACAAGCACAUGUUCCUAGUUACAAGAACAACAUUGAUAAGUUGAAAGCAAAAGGGAUUGACUCUGUUAUCUGUGUAGCUGUGAAUGAUCCGUACGUCCUAAAUGGAUGGGCAGAAAAGCUACAGGCUAAUGAUGCAAUUGAGUUCUAUGGUGACUUUGAUGGGAGUUUCCACAAAAGCUUGGAUUUGGAGAUAGACCUAUCUGCUGCUUUGCUCGGCCGCCGAUCUCACAGAUGGUCGGCUUUCGUUGACAAUGGCAAGAUCAAGUCUUUCAAUGUUGAGGAAGCACCAUCUGAUUUCAAGGUUUCUAGUGCCGAAGUGAUCCUUGACCAGAUCUGAGCUUACCAAUGGACCUGAUAUUUACAAGUGAUCUUCCGUUUGCUCAUGAAGCACACUUGCCGUGCUGCAACGAAUAAAUGAAAUCUCCUUUUACCCUUGUAAAGAUGUUAGAUGCGUUACUUCCAUACUAUGGUAUAAGGAGUGUUAUGAGAUUAUUUUUAUGAAGUUAAUCAAUCAACGGUCAUUUACAAUAUUGCUGUC